AUGCGUUCAUCUAAAUGUCAUCGUUCAGUAAUAACUAAUUGUCAAAAAGAACAAAAUAUUUCAUCAGAAAAUAUUAGUAUUUAUUUCAUAAGAUCAGCAACAAAUUCAAUGUUAUCAACACUUUCAACAAAUUCAACUGUAAAUGAUGAAGCACCAGUAAUUAUUUUACAAAAAUCUUUAGCUAGUUCACCAUCAUCAUUACCAAAUGUAACUCUAAUAAUAGCAAUACAUCAAACUGAACGUUUAUUAUCCAAUCUUAUACCAAAACAAAAUAUUAAUCCACUUAUUCCUCAGCAUCAUUAA